UAUGUGUGGAGAGCGGUGUGGCGCUUGUAGAGGGAGGCGGAGGGAGUGCUUUACCGCAGUAUCACUACAUUUCUGCACCACUCAUCAAAACUCUGCGGCAUGCAGACAAGAGCUGGGGGGGAGGGCAGUCACUAGGUCUGUUCUGAGUGUGAAACCGCUACCUCUUCUGUUGGCCUACCAGUCCUUCAUAUAAUCUAGGCUACAGCAGUGCUUUUACUUUAUUUAUUUUCAUUCGGGCUCGUUGAGUGUUUAAGUCGACUUCUUUAAUGCCGGUCUUCUUCCUGUAGGAGCAGUGAUACGGCAGGGCUCUCUCUCUCCUUCUCUCUCCAUCCCUCUCGUUCUCUGCUGUCAGGGCAAAGUGCUUCAGCCCGGCGCUCAGUGUCAUCAGGCCGCUUUUAGUUGAGCUUUGGAGCAGUUCGUUAGAAAAUGGCAAAGGAUGGAGAAAAAAGCGAUUGGAAGGAGUUUCUAUGGAACCCGAGGACGAGGGAGUUUCUGGGCAGAACGGCGAGCAGCUGGGGCCUUAUUUUUCUCUUCUAUUUAAUUUUCUACACCUGCCUCGCUGGCAUGUUUGCUCUCACCAUGUAUGUCAUGCUGCAGACCCUGGACGAACACAGACCAACCUGGCAAGACAGGCUCUCCACACCAGGCUUGGUGAUUAGACCUCGGGCAGAUGACACCUUUGAAAUAGUCUAUACUAAAGAGGACACUGAAAGCUGGGACCUGUACGCCCAGGCAUUGGACAAGUUCCUUCAACCCUACAAUGAUUCCCUCCAAGCCCAGAAAAAUCACGAGUGCGCCCCAGACAAGUACUUCAUCCAGGAGGACAGCGGUGAGGUGAAGAACAACCCGAAACGAUCCUGUCAGUUCAACCGCACAGUCCUCCAGAGCUGCUCUGGAAUCGAUGACCGUUACUAUGGAUACCGAGAAGGCCAGCCAUGCAUCAUCAUCAAGCUGAAUCGGGUGAUUGGUUUGCUGCCAGGAAAGGACAACCAGGCUCCGUAUGUCACCUGUGCUGCAAAGAAAUACAAAGUUGGCAAAGAUCAAUGGAAAGAUGACGCUGAUAAAGUUGGAGAGUUGAUUUACUUUCCUCCAAAUGGCACAAUCAACCCUAUGUACUUCCCUUACUACGGCAAGAAAGCGCAGGUGAACUACUCUCAGCCCUUGGUUGCAGUCAAGUUCCUCAACAUUACUCACAAUGAAGACGUGAACAUUGAGUGCAAGAUCAAUGCCGAAAACAUUCCCGUUGGAGGUGAAAGGGACAAGUUUGCCGGGCGAGUGUCUUUCAAGCUGAGGAUCAACAGUAAAAACUAGGUUUACCCCCCUCCUCCAACCCCAUCCUAACCCUAACCCCCACCAGCCUCAUCCCCCAAAAGAUACUGUCUACAUUCUCAGCAACACUGCACAUGCACAGAAAAAAAAAUCACAGUAUUCACACCCUUUGUAGGAUUUGUUUACACCCCCAACCCUUUCCAACCCCACCCCCACCCUCCACCCCACACCUCUCCACAGAUUUUUGUGGGAAAUUCUUUGUCAGAUCGCGUGGCGAGACGAGGCGAGAACCAAAAGGGUGCUAAUCCUGUCAUUAUUUCUGUGAGCAUUCACACACAGGUUAUUUUCCAUCAGUUAGUUUGAGGUGAUGUCUAUUUAUACUGCAUGACAAACUAGGGGGCUAUAAAGGACGUGGACGUGUGUUUGCAGAGUUUGCAAGGAUCAGCAACUUUACCACUGUACUGCUGCUCCCCACCCCCCGCCAACCCGCUGCCUCCUCAUAGAGUAUCCCUCUAGAUAUGAAGAUCCACAAAUUACAAUACCGAGCGUGUAUAUCUACAGUAUUUAUACAGCAUAAUAAUAGUAAUCUUACAUCAGUGCGUCUAUUUUGUUGCACUUUAAAAGAAUAUUCUGACAAACAGGAUUGAUGCAGAGAUAAUGCCAUUUGCAUGUGCGUAUUGUCUUAGUAUGCUACGAAGGCAGGAGGCUCCUGUGUCCCACCUCUCUGCUUACAUCUAUAAGUUCAGCAACUGACCACCAGGAGGGACCACACCGUAAUCUUUAAACCUCAUGCUCAGUGUGGUUUUUUUUUUUCAAAAUGUGAUACAGUAAGAUGAUCCCCCCCAAAAAAGAAGCACAUGAGGUAAACAGUACAGGUAAAGAAGAGUGAAGAGUGCAGGAGAGCGUGUGUUUUAGUUCAUACUGUAGGUCGGGAAGUUGCAUGCAAUGUGCAAUAUUCAUUAAGUGGCAUACAUUAUGAAUGCCCGUAUCCAUUCAUCAGAUGACUUCUAUUAAAUAGUAAUCAUUUUGGAUCAUUUGAUAUUCACUCUCAUUGUGUGGCCUGAGAGUAGCUUGUGAAACAGAUGAUAUAUAUAUAUAUAUUUAUAUAUGGGGUGGUCAUAUAACACCUGAAUUCUCAGUCGGUGACGGGGUAAACUUAACUCUAGCUUUGCGGCUCCUGGACUGCAGUCCAAUAAGAUAGCUGAAUAUCAUGUGAAAAUGAUAAAAUAGACCUCUGUUCUGCACGAACACACAAACACACACAGACAAAAUUCAAUAUCGCAUUUUAUUCCCAAAGUCAAACCAAGAGUUUCUUGCGUUUCAGUUUUUAAUAUUAAUAUUCAAUCGAUGUUUAGAGGAGCUGUAUUACUGAGUGUAUUGCAUCUAUUUCACUUGUAUCAGAAAUAGAUGGCAUUAUAAAAAAAAUUGUAUUGUUUUGCACAGAAAGUGCGCUUUUAUUCUUUUCUUUUUUUGUGACUUGAGUUUAUUAAUGCAUUUCCAGUUUUGAAGGAAGAAGGAUGUUGAAAGUUGUUUGUUUUUUGUGUUUUGUUUUUUUGGGUAGUUUUCUUUUUUUCCCAUUCAUUCUUAUUUUCUUCACCUAAGGGAUGCAUCUGAGAUACGAAAAUGUAUACUUUACCUCUUAUUUUAAAAGACAGUCGUUACUUGAUUAUUUUGAAUGUUAGUUCAGUUUUGAUUUGUAGGGCUGUAGCAAAUUAAAAACAGCAUGAAGAUUUACUCCAUUGACCACAUAAGAAGGAUAUGUUUUUGUUAAUUUGGUUCGAUGUUGUUGUGUUCCCCGGUGUUGUAUGAAUCAUACUGAAGGAAAACCCAUUGUGAUAACAAGACAACCAGUUUCAGCCUCUCAAAAAGUCAGACAUAUUCCUGAGUUUAGUGCUUGAGCUGUUUACUAAGCAUCCAUUUAUUGUGCUGCACAGGAACACACAUCUUUAGGAAACACCCUUAAAUUAUUGGCUAGAGAAAUCUGUGGAGUCACGCUUUUAAACUUGGGCACGUUACCUCGGCACAGCUCCAAAACUGUUAGAUCAGUUAGACUGUGAUCCUGCCAUGUCACUGCAGCAAAUAUAGAACACGAGCAUCUGUUCACUCACAUUAAGGUCUGGCUGAUUAUGAUUUUUUUUUUGGAAGGCUGUGUGUUUCUCUGUAUGCCUGCAAAUAUCUUGCAGUGGUUUAAAUAAGACUGCAUCAUCUGACAGAAAAUGAAGGCAAGCCCAUUAGAUCCAAGGUGAUUAUCUGAUCUAUAUUUGAGAGGUCAUUUAUAAUGGAUGAACAGCUCUAACAGUAAUUUUUGUGAGUCCACCACCCAGUUUGCAUGCAUUUCUCCUCUUGCAUUCCUGCAACACUUACUUAAUUUCAAUGUAAUCUCUUAAUCUGGUCAGCUAAUCCAGAGCAGGCACGCUGAACUUCUUUACCCCACUCUGUUGCUCCUCCUCCUCGUGUCAGGCGGUCGGUUCAAGGUUUAUUCAUUUCUCAUUUUGUUCACCACAUUCACAUUACACUUUGUUUAGUUUGAAUCACAUCACGACAAAUAAAAGUGUUCCGCUUCACUGGCUAAUUGGACACUCUUGUUUCACUCACGCAUGUGAAGAUGACUUCUUCAACCAAAGAUCUACAUGACAGUUAAAAUUGAAUUUAACUGCCCCUGCCCCCAUGCAGGGUAUUUAGCCCUCCAGCUGGAGGGCUAAAUACCCUGUGACAAUAAAAAGGCCUCCUCUUAUAUAAUAAUAGCACGCACAAAGGAACAUGCUUCACUACAACAUAACAGUGCCUCCUGGUGGACAGACAGUGUUGCUCCCCCAGUGUCACAGAAUGUUAUUUCCUGUUAUCUCCAUUUAUCCGCUUUUUUUUCUUGUGAUAAUUUGGAAAUGUCUUUGAAAAGCAAUAUAUUUAUUUCUUGUGUGGCUAUAUGAAUAUUUACAGGAAAGGUUGUAACACAAUCAGAGCGACGUGCAUCAGAAACAGUAAGGAACAAAAGGGAAAGACUGCAUAUAUACCAGUGUGUAUUAUUAUGAUGAUGGAACCAUUAAAAAAAAAAGAAUUGUUUUGUUUAUUAAAGAGUAUUUUGUUGUAAAGAUGAGAGAAUGCAUUAGCCUGAAAUAUAUCAUGUGAUAGGAGGUACUAGAUAGAUUUUCAGAAUUGUAUUCAAGGAAACUUGAAUAGAUAUGGAUAUGAGUUGUUUUUUUUUCUUUUAAUGUUUUUGUCAUUUGAGUUUGUUUUACUGUUUUAAAACAAGCCUAUAAACUAAAGAGUUCUGACAACACUUUAUCCACUGCAAAGGUUGAAGAAAGCCAACUGUUGGUUUUUAAGUAGAGAUAACUACAUGAAUAAUUAAAACAAAUAUCUCAUUGCCCCUUAAUGUUAAACUGUAUUAUUGCUUAAGACUGGUAUUAUAAGCCAGCAAGAAGGAAAUUCAGUGAAUUUGUUCAAAUACUCUCUCACUAACAGAUGAUAAAUAUUCUGGAUCUUUAUUUUCUGCUCUAACUGUAUGUAUAUUUUUGCUCAUGUUUACUGCAAAACCAAGAUAGAGAAAUGAAUAAAUGUUAUUUAAGGGAACUCAAACUUC